AGCACCAAACGGCAGCGGGAUCAGCCACCUACUCCGACUUCAUGGCCUAAGAGCCUGGCUGGGCCGGCCGGGCAGGGACAGGUGCAGGAGAGCGCCACUCAGCAGCCCAGUUACUCGGAGACCCUCAAAGGCAUCCGGGUAGCUGUGCUACCGUGUGAGUACCCUGCUGCUGCCUUGAGCCCGGAGGACCUAACCAGACUCCAAGAUGCCAUCAUGGAGGAGGUAUUCAAAGGUUGGUCGCACCCGCUGGUUUUCUGCGGGGUGUAUUUCAGGUCCGGUAUGCUUCUCGUUGAUUGCAGGGACGAGAAGACAGCAACCUGGCUGGCUGAGAAGGCACCAGCACUUGAGGGCUGGAAGGGACCCGGGAUGUGCACGAAGAGAGGGGACGAUAUCCCUCCGGUGCACAACAUCACGGUGUUCCUCCCAAGGAGCGCCGACAAAUCCGCCGAGUUUGCGCUGGGGCUACUGAAAGCGCAGAACGAGGGUAUCCACACUUCUGCGUGGAAAGUAGUGUCCAGCACCACUGAGGAAAACGGGCUCAGGCUGUUUCUAGGUAUUGAUGAGGAGUCCUACGUCAGUAUUAAGAGGGCUGGCUUCAACCUAAACUACAGGUUCAGCUUCGUCACGGUAAGACCGUGGAGACAAAAGGCGACAGGCAGCAAGGAGUCGGAGGCGCAGGAGACUCAAAUCGACGUGGUCGCCGGUUCCUCUGCUGCCCAGACGGCCGAGUCGACCUCGGGCUUACCGGCGGAGCAGCCACCACCUGCAGAAACACCAGCUCCCGCAAGCACGCUCGGGCAUACCGCUACCACCACCUCAGCGGAACACGUGCCCUCAACGCAGGAGCUGCUAUCAGGUUUGGACUUGAGGCGACUAGAGCUUGAUAAGCGGAACGAGAGCGAACUACAGCUCUCCGACCUGGACGAGCUCCACCUAUGAAUCCCCGACUCUUGGCAGUAGCCCAGGUCAACCUGCAUCACGCGGUGGCUGCUUCGGCGGUCAUCACCAGCAGGUUUGCCACGGAUGGCCUGGGCAUCCUACUGAUCCAAGAGCCGUGGACCUACAGAGGCCAGGUGAGGGGCCUCAACCAUAAAAGGAACAAGGUAAUUUGGGACCUCUCCUGCGAGAGGCCCAGAGCGUGUGUAGUGCUUAAAGAAAAUAUUGAUUACUUUUGCAUUACAGAAUUUUUAACACAGGACCUAGUCGCAGUGCAGACGUCGCUGACCAUUUGCGAUAGCAACGUAGAGGUGGUGUUCGCUGCGGCCUACUUUCCGGGGGACAGCAGCUAUGCCCCACCACAAGAGGUACAGAGGUUAGUGGAGUACUGCAGGAGGAGACGGCUCCAUCUUAUAGUGGGGUGCGAUGCGAACGCCCAUAAUGUUGAAUGGGGCAGCACGGACACAAAUCGCAGAGGUUCCCAUCAAACGAGUCCAUCUCUUCACAGCCAUACAGCUAGCUUGCCUCAUCAUAUUAUGGCUGAUAAAAUCUUUCCCCCAAACAUCCAUUCUUUUCCCUUUGAUGUUGGUUGUUAUGAUUGGGAUUCGCAAAGUCUUAGACUUGUUGUUUACCCGCAGAGAGUUGGAAAUACUGGAUGAUAUUAUACCUGAAAUAAGUACAUCGUCUAUUAUUAAUGAUACAAAUCACCUGGAUGCCGAAGUGGGAUACCUGGAAAAACUUAAAAGGUGCUGUUGGGGGGAAUCAUCUGCAACUACACAACAAAAAGUAAAUAAAAGCAGAAGCGAAAAAGAAUUUGUAGCCGCAAAAAGCGUGCUAAAAUAA